AUGCGCCGCGGGGUCGCCGGCGCGUGGAGGAAGCUGUCGGAGUUCGCGGUGAGCGCGUGGGAGUUCGGGAGAGCUGACCGCAGGAAGGUGGUGUUCGGUGCCAAGGUGGGUCUGGCGCUCACCAUCAUCUCCCUCCUCGUCUUCGUCAAAGGCCCUUUUCAAGACCUCAACCGCUACUCCGUCUGGGCCAUCCUCACCGUCGUCGUCGUCUUCGAGUUCAGCGUUGGUAAGGAGAAAGUGUUCACCAUGAUCACCUGCACUACCGUCUUCAGAUUUAGAACGAUCCCAUUUGAUGUCCAUCGCCGUCGUGCAUGCCGACUGGUUAGCCGUUCUGUACGAACGCGAUCGAAAUCAUGCAUCCGGAUGACUAAGAAUGAUAUCUUUUUUCCCAUUUGAUUAAUUGGAGUAUAUAAUAUCUGCAGGUGCGACGCUCAGCAAGGGAUUCAAUAGGGGCCUGGGAACGCUAUUCGCCGGGGGCCUAGCGCUGGGUAUUGCAGAACUAUCCACAUUGUUUGGUAAUGGGGAGGAGGUGAUCAUCAUCAUCAGCAUCUUUCUGGCAGGUCUGCUACGUCUAGGGAUUUCAUUUAUCUUCGUUAUAUGCAAAUAUCUGUCCGGGAACCUUCUUCUGGUCAAAAUUCUUCACGCGCUGUUCUGUUCUUGUCUACAGGUUUCUUUUCCAGCUUUCUGAAGCUUUAUCCAACGAUGAAGAUGUAUGAAUAUGGAUUCCGAGUCUUCUUGAUCACCUUUUGCUUCAUACUGGUGUCGGGUUACAGAACGAGGCAAUUCAUUGAGACAGCAGUGAACAGAUUUUUUCUCAUCGUCCUUGGCGCAAGCAUAUCAUUGGCUGUAAACGUGUGUAUAUACCCAAUAUGGGCUGGAGAAGAUCUCCACAACUUGGUUGCCAAGAACUUUGCAGGUGUAGCAAAGUCACUAGAAGGUUUGGCAGCUUUCCCAUCAUCAUUUCGUACCGUAAUGUGUCCAUGUAUUCUCUAAUGAAUGCCAAAAAUACAAAGUAGCAAUCGGGGAGUUCUCGAAUUGAGAAUUGGGUGGGAUAAGUUCAGGUGAUUGAAACAAGGUGCUUUCAUAUUUCAAGAUAUUAAAUCCAAGUGGGUGGAUUCGUUAUAACAUGUUUGAUUGUGGGUCAUUAUUUUGCAUCAGUUGUUGAUAACGAGAUCUGUGAAGAUCGCUUCAUGAGCCAGCCACUUUAUGGUAGCCUUCCACCAAGCAUUCAUGUAGUGAUAGGGCAAGGGAUCAUGGUAGGCGAUCUUGAUGUUUCAUUUUCUGCAUCAACGAGCAGCAUUCAACCUAGCGAAUGUGUCAGUCAAUCAUCAUGUUGAUACAUCAGGUUUGGCAUUAGAGAUUGAGCAUGUCUGUGCAAUCUGAUCCAGCUAAUCAUGGUGCUUGAAGCAUUAUUUUUUAUUUAUUCCUUUUUGUGGUUUAGGAUGUGUCAGUGGGUAUCUUCAAUGUGUCGAAUAUGAGAGGGUUCCAUCGAAAAUCCUUACAUACCAAGCCUCUGAUGAUCCUUUAUACAGUGGGUACAGGGCAGCAGUUGAAUCAACAAGUCAAGAAGAGUCCUUGGUAUUUUUCCGUGACCAAUGCAUCAUCUGUUGGACAUUUCAGUGAGAUCCACACGGCAAGCUGCUUUACUUUUGUUUUCAUUUUCAGAUGAGUUUUGCUAUAUGGGAACCACCUCAUGGGCGUUAUAGAAUGAUGAAUUACCCCUGGAAAAACUACGUUAAAGUCAGUGGUGCUCUGAGACAUUGUGCUUUCAUGGUCAUGGCGCUGCACGGAUGUAUUCUUGCCGAGAUUCAGGUUCCAUCUCUUUGAUCACCAUUUCUGAAUUUCGUUAGUACUUUAUUUUAGAAUUGAUCUGCGGUCUAAUGACUACUCUUAUGAUCCAAUUCUUUUGUCCUUUUUUUUUUCUGUGAAUGCAAGACUAAUUUUAAUGUUGCAGAGUUAUUUCUCCUUGUGGAGGAACAUUAUUUUCUCUUCAACGAUUUUAGGUUCCCACUAGCCCAGAGGCACACCAUGAACGAUCUCUUUUAUGGUUAGCUUCCUCUGGUUCUCUUCCGAGAAUUUUAGCAUCUUCCCUAGUUGUGAAAGUGUUGGAUAUCGUCUGCAAAAGUAGCCAGCUGGCCCAAAAUGAAAGAUCUUUCAUAUAGAGAGCCCCGUGCUUGGGAACACCCUUCUGUGGUAAUUUCCUUAAAUCUCCUGGGAUGCACUGAACUGAUCCAAUCGUAGGCCAAUUUUUUCUUUCCCUUUUUCAAUCCCACACUUCUGACUCUACCAGCAAGGCCUUUAAGCUGAUGAAGGCAACCAGUUGGGUUGAGCCCCCUGCCUGCCACUCCUUAGCAGUUUCUGGUCUUCUUUAUCUGGAUGGUAUUCCACCGACUUUCUGCCGAGCACUCCUAAGCAGUCAUGCUAAUGAUCAACUGAAACAGUUGUGGUGAGCCGCUCUCCCAAUGGUAGAUCCCCUAAUUAAUGAGCCCCUCUUCUAUCAAAUUGCGAAGUGAUCACAUGCUCUUUUGUGUCUGAUCCUUUUUGAUGUGUAUCUUGCUUCUUGUUGGAUCUUUUAUGCAUGAGAGCAUGCUUAGUGUUCUUCCAGAAGCAUUAUUUUUUCAGGUUGCAAUAAAUGAUUUUGCUCUUGUAAUGUCUGGUAAGUGCCACUGGAAAAAAAUUAUGAAGGAAUCGGCAUUAAUCCCUACAUGUUACUUAACAUAGUUUUUUUUUGUUUUUAGAUUCUAAAUAGAACGCCGGGCAUUAGAGAAUCUGAUUUUCAUCAUACAUGUUGAAUGAAAAAAUAGGUGAUUUUCACGGGCUUUAGUUCGCGAAGUAAUCCUCAAACCCUGCACUGUACAAGAAUUCCUUCGCAUCAAUAUUACAGCGUCUGCAUUGGCAUCAAACCAUGCUGUCCGAACUGACGAUGUGAUUCAUUUUGAUGCUGCGAUUUCUCAAAGAUUUGGUUCUCUAGUUGACCAUUGCAUGCUAUAGAUGACAUCUUCUCACCUACGAUUUGAUCCAAAUAGUUUUGCCACAACUGCUUCGGUAGAUGAUCCCUGUGAAGAUAUCUCAGGUGAACUUGCACGAGCAUAAUCCACUUAAGUUCAUGCAGUCUUAUUCAAACAGAUUUGUGAUUUUCCUCAAGUGGGUAUCAGAUGAUUAGGCGCUCAUGCAGUUUAUAUCACUUCCAUAGGCACCACCAGAAAGGAGACAGGUUUUUAGUGCCGAGCUGCAGAGGGUGGGCACCGAAGGUGCAAAGGUACUGCGAGAGCUCGGUGACAGGGUGAAGAACACCAUGAAACUGAGCGCCGGUGACAUCCUCUCGGAGGUCCAUGAGGCUGCUGAGGAGUUACAGAAGAAAAUAGAUCGGCGCUCCUAUCUUCUUGUGAAUUCAGAGUGCUGGGAGAUCGGAAAAAGGCCAGUGGGCAUGGAGGACACACUGACCAGCCUCAACUCCAUGGAAGAGGACGGUAACUACCUCCCGAUCAAGUCCCGUAGCGAGGCUGUUCUUGACCUGAGGUAUGUUCAGGUCCCCAGGAGCUGGGACGUCCAUGACUCCAGCACUGGCUUCAGCUCCUCGUAUAUUGCAGAAGACUCUGCCAACAACAUGCUCCAGAAGCAGAUAACUUGGCCUGUGCGGCGGUCCUUCAAUGCAGAUGCCGUCACUCCCAACGAGGAGUCCAGAACCUACGAGAGUGCAAGUGCCCUGUCCUUGGCCACCUUUUCCUCUCUCUUGAUAGAGUUUGUGGCCAGACUGCAGAACCUGGUGGAUUCAUUUGUUGAGCUCAGUGAUGCAGCCAGAUUCAGAGAACCUGUUGAUGAGCUCGCAGUGGAUGGCCACCUUUUGGGCUAA